AUGAAGCGAGCGGGUCCUCGUGAUAAAUCGCCGCAUCCACAGCAGGCCCAGCAGCCCAACUGGCAGGAAAUUGACUUUUCCGUGCCUUCGGAUGGCAGCAACAACACCCGUGAUGCCAGCGAAGGUGGCGAGGACGGCUCAUGGCAGCACACAAGCCCCGAUCACACAGGCCGUUUGAGCCGCGCCGGCAGCGGCAGUGCCGUGUAUGGCAAUGCACCCCUGCCGCCCGGCCUAGCUGCACCAGAACACCUCGAGGCGAGCGACGACGUCCAACAGCAACAACAAGCAUCGGGCGUCGGUGGCGGUCGGGACGUGGCAGUACCAGCACCACCAGAGGCAGUGGACACAAUCCCACAGUCAGGUUCAGCACCACGAACGACUACAACCACCACGGAGGUUGUGCUACAUCUGGACGUAGCUCCAGGGGCGUCCUCAACUGAGGCAGCACAACUGGCCAUCGAUGUCACCACCACCACUACCAGCAACGCUUCACCAACAGUAUCACCACCAUCGGCAGCACUCAGUGGGACGGGAGUGCAACCGAACGCAGGCGCAGAAGGCACCGACGAAGACGUUGGUGGUUGCACAGGCGAAGACAACCACGCGACUGCAGGUGGUGACGCUGAUGCUGGCGGCAACUCGACAGAUCUGCAAGGGAGUGCACGCUCCACUCGACCUGCAUCCGAGGCCCCAUCGCACGCCUCGCAACGCAGCAUUGUGCUUGACGUGGACGAUGUGUUCGACAGCGUUAGAAACAGGGCGCGGAACGCAAACGAAACACGAACCAGCGCAGACUUGCUGCAGAACAACGGCGACAAUGACGAGCAAACACGAAGUGAAUCUGAGGCAGAGCAGCCCGCCACCCGCAUCAUUAACGAUGCAAUCACCGACGCUGGCGGUGAGAUUGAUGAUGACGAUGCUGCUGAUGAUGGUGACAGAGAGCACGAAGUGCGCGAUGACCAGUACGACGAUGACGACGUUGAGUAUGGUGACGACGACGAUGACAUCGAGUAUGACGACCAGUACGACGACGACGAGGAUGACGAUGAUGACGAUGAAGAGCUUCAACUCGGCUCCGAUGAAGACGAACUUGAUUAUAGUGACAGUGACGGGGAGGACGAGCAAGAUGAUGAUGACCGCUGGAUGAACGGCAACUCCUCACCAGAAGUACAUCGCACGCCAAUGAGAAAUGCCGUGAGAAGGGCAGCUGCAGCGCUCUCGAGCACAGCAGGUGCAACAGGGGCAGCGUCCUCGUCCUUCUCCAGUGUGCGAUUCAAGUCGUCGACAACGUCAACUCCAGCAUCAACGCCGGCUGCGAAGCGAGCACCAACCCGCGUCACGCACUUCCCGACCGUAAAGCGGCGUCUCACAGAACACAAGCCCGUCCCUGUUUCCCCGAGCGUGGUCGGUAGUCUUCGUGGGCAGCGGCGGCCGCAGCAGCACGCUGGCCUGAGCGUGUUCACGUCCCUGCAAGGCGACACGGCCGUGCUGGCGUGGAUGCGGGCGCAGGUGGAGGCGGACUGCACCGCGUUUGGACACAUCAGCACACACGACCGCCAGUGCGGGUUUGUGGAGGUGCAAACGGGCGCGAACCCGGAACGGCUGCUGCGCUGGAUGCUGGACAAGAAGCAGAUGAAGGAGGACCUCGUGCGGCGGCAAUCCCGCAAGCGCCACAGCAAGAAGGAAAAGGGCACCGCACCCAACAGCCUGACUGCACUGGACGAGAACUCCGCCAACUUGUCCGGUCACUGGCGCAUGACCCGGCCAACGGCUGCGGCGACUGCAUCAUCAUCAUCAUCCGCGGCAGCGACGUCAUCGGGGGUGAGCACUGCGGGCGGCAGCACAUCGCGGCGGUGGGUACUGUUUGACGACAGCUCCUCCAGCGAGGACGAAGGGGAGGUGCUUGAGGACAUUCCGUGCAAGCCGCUCGGAUUUUCGCGGCCGCGGCUCGUGGUGAGCGUGACGGGCGGUGCCAAAGACCUCAUUCUGGCGCACAAGAUGCGGUCUGUGCUGAGUCAGGGCCUGCACCGCUGCAGCAACGUCACCUCCACGUGGAUCUUCACAGGCGGCUGCAACUGCGGCGUGAUGAAGGUGGUGGGCGAGCUUCUCGGGCGCAAGCAGCCGUCAGACCUGCGUCUCACGCGCGAGUACGAGCAGGUGGUGAAGGACCGCCCACGGCGCCACCACGCCCCGUCCAGCGAGCGAUCACGCUCUUCCGCCCCAACGUCGGCGUCGUCAUCUGCGGCGCUCACGGCAGCUCACACAGGUGGCGGCAGUGGUGAUGGUGACCAGCGGGGUGCGGGCAAGCGGCGCAGGCUCAAGCGCACGCCUGCUCGUCGCCGCCGUCGCGCGCGCGAGGAAUCAGCUGCAAGACACUCAAGGAACCCGCGGCAGCGACAGCAGCGGCAAGCACAGGGGCGACAGCAGCAACAACAGCAUCAGCAACAACAGCAACAGCAACAACAACAAAGCGUGGGUUCGAUGGGAUCGCAGAGCGAAGAUGUGCUGGAGAAGAGCCUGAACUCGUUCCUGGAGGAGUCACGGUAUGUGCGCGUGAUUGGAAUUGUGCAUGCACAGCACGUCGAUUUCGAAGCAAAGAAGGUGGGCAAUAGCACACUUGAGAACAUAAUCUUUGACGACUAUGCCUCAACCACAACCAGCUCGCUGGACGACAACCACUCGUUUUACAUUCUGGUGAACAACCCGUAUCUAGAGCGUGUUGGCUCUGGCGACAACAGCGCCUGGCACACAUACACGCGCGGCGUGGCGCCCGAAAACAAGUUCCACUACCUGACAGACUCUGUGUUGUACGGCCUGCGCAAGCUGCUGAAGGAGGAAAACGCCGAAUCAGCCAUGCUGUCCAGGUCGCAUGGCAACAGCGCGAGCGCCAGUGGUAGCGGUGGCGGGAACGAUGCGUUUGAGGAAGAGCGGCUGCAAGCGUGGGCGGAUUUCGUAGCGCAGCGUAUGGACCAGGACGGGGCCAUUCACUUUGUUGUUGGCGACAGCGAGAAUGAAUCCGAGCACAUGGGGGUGCGCGCAGCAUACUACCUCAUCAAGUACACGCACGCCUGGAUCACGAAGCUGACGAAGAACACGCCCAGCAGCAAGGCCCGCGUGACGAUCGUGCUGCACUUUGUCAUGGGCCGCGGUGGUCUUCUGCAGCUGGAGGCCGAGCGAAGGCAGCACGUGAGCAGACAGGCAUCGGAGCGCUUCUCCAACGGCGGCGGCGGUGGUGGUGACAGCCAGCCGGAAUCACGGCGCAGCACGUUGACGGGGCGACCGGGUGGCGGGGUCGAUGCUGUCUUCUCCAGCUCGCUGUGGCGCCUGUAUCGCCUGCUGGACCUGCUCACACCGCCAGGCGCAACGGACGAGCGUGUGGUGGUGCAGCUUGGCACGGUCACCGGCGAGCAGCACGUGUCUGGCGACGGCGAGGCGCGGCCAUGGCUGUACUCAUGCAACCCACAGUCGACGCUGCGCCAGUCCGCCUGGGAGGACACGUGGGGAAAGUGCUCGCAGUAUGUGUACUCGUUGAUGGCGCGCAUGGACAUGGAGAACACGGUGCAGGUUGAGGUACCACCGCACCCAACUGGUGGAUACCACCGCACGUGCGCGCGCGGUCGCAUGAUUGCACAUGCGCUGGCACAGGGCGUGAUCACGGACCACCACGACGUGGAAAACAUCUCGCCCUGUGUGGUCAGGACGGCUGGUUUGCAGGACAGCCCGCGUAUGUUCUCGCGGGAAAAGAAGCGGGGCAGGUUUCGCGAUGGUGUCUUGCUCUGCACCAUGAACGUCUUCGCGUUUAACAGGCUGCACACCCUCCUCACUGACGUUGAGGUGCUGCGCGCAUCUCUGUCUGGUUUAAUCGUCGACACGAGCGUCGUCCUCUCAGACAAAUGUUUCACGUUUCCACCGCUGAAGACGCUGGUGCCCAUGGGCAGCGUGCUGCUACAGCGCUGGCGGCGGGGCACAAAGGCCAGGGCAAAGCAGCAGACGGCCUCUGCCGCUCGCAACAACAACAUCCACAGACCGUCCAUGUUCGGGCUCAGCCAAAGCGGAUUUGGACGCAGGAGUGCACGACCCAGCUCCGCCGCUGUCUUUGGUGAUGACGACGAUGACAGCGACAACGAGAGCGUGGACUUGGAGAAGGACGCGGGGGAGGAAGCGCUGUUCUAUCGCGAUCGCUUCAAUAGACUCAAGCGCGGGGGCGAGCUGGAGUACUGGAACGACCUCACCAGUGCGCUCAAGGGAGAAUUCAAGCCUUCAAGCUUGCAGGUCUUCGUGCCCUCAACGCAGACAAAGUGGCAGCUGCUGCUGCGUAAGCCGGCACAGCAGCGCUUAACGCACCACCAACGCCACGGUCUGCAGCGCCACCGCAACCAGCGAGCGCGGCGAGGGAAGCAUCCCAAGGUCUACUCAAGUUUUGACACCAUCUUUGACACGUUCAAGGCUUCGGAUCGCACCUUCUCUGUGAUGUUGGUGGUGGAGGGCGGGCCAAUGACGUGGAAGCUCACGCGCCACGCCAUUGCGCUCCGAACUCCGAUUGUGGUGGUUGACGGCACUGGGCGAUUCUCCAGCAUUCUCUCGUAUGCAUGGAAGUUCCUGCAUGACCAGAGUGCGGCUGCCAUUGCCUGCACGUGGGGCCGCCUCUGCAACAUGAUCAAGGAGUUUGCUGCAACGUCGCACAGCAAGCAGCACCCGCGGGAGAUGUACGCUGACAUUAUGGAGCUUGUUGCACUCGAGCAUCAGGUGGUUGUGUUUGAUGCCGAGAAUCCCUGCAUGACGCUGCACGGUUCAAUUCUCAAAGCCAUCAGCAACGUCAUGCAGCGAGCGAGCCCUUCCACACAAGCAGACCCUUACGAGUUGAAGCUUGCGCAGCUUGAGCUUGCACUUGUGUUCAGCCGCAAAUCGCUUGCUGAGCGGCAUUUCACCGAGCUGGUCAAGUUCAUUCAGACAGCAACUGCAAACCAGAAGACAUCGUUCAAGAACGAUAUCCACCACGCCCUGAGCUGGGCCCUGCGCCGCAACAUCGCCUUCUUUGUCGAGCUCAUCUCACAGCAGCUUGGCAAGGGAAUCGUGGAGUAUGCAGCACUGGUUCUCUUCUCCGAAGACAACAAACAUGCCAACACGUAUUAUGACCGCUUCGCCCCGCUGUACACACAAGCGUUCCUUCCGCUGUCCACCUUUCGCUACCUGGACACCGCGCGCAACGGCCAGACCCUUGACGCGUUCAUCACCAAACUGUCCAAGACGAGCGUGUCUGGCGAGAAGGCUGCCCAUAUGGAGAAGCUGAGCGAGGCAGAGGUGUACCACCACCUGCUGGUGUGGGCUGCCCUCUCCACGCGAUAUGAACUCGCCCGUCUGUUUUGGGUUCGAGGAGGCAACUCCAUCCAGAACGCGCUGUUCGUGUGCCAGCUGCUUCGGUCCCUUGCUGGACUGAAGAAACUUGAGUCAUCCCUGCGCUUCCAUGCGGACCGCAAACGCAUGUUGGAUAUGGCGGACAAGUUUGAGCGACACGCGUUUGAAAUUUUGGAUCAGUGCUACAAGUCAGACCAGAGCAAAACCAUGUCCCUGUUGUGGUGCCCCUUUUCUCUCUUCAACACCCUUCCACCGCUGCUAAAAACGGACAAGUUGGUGAUGUUUGACGAGAACUCCAUGCUACCGCAAACAACAGCAUCCACAGCCGCUGCGGCAUUGCAACAGCGCGAACAACUGCAGCUGUUUGGCAGCCGCUCCGAGGCGCUUCCACUCACACACAGCGUUCUUGGCCCAGAGAGCGGCCAACUCGUGAACUGCGUGAGCUUGGCGAUGGAGGCGGAGAACACGCUGUUCAUCUCCCACCCUGCCGUUGACGCUGUGUUGGAGCAAGCCUGGCAUGGACGAGGGCCAAAUGAGGAAACGCCCGUGCUCAAUGCUGGAGCCAAAUUCUAUGUGCACGCCUUGUCCUUCUUCACGUUUCUCAGCGUGUAUGCGUAUGUGAUCCUGACGCCGCUGCAAGAGACAUUCUCCUACAUGGAGAUUGCUCUUGCCUGCUUCAUGUUUGAUCUCAUGGUGAUUGAGGUUAUGCAAGCGCUGCGUCUCGGCAUCAGGCGAUGGUCCUCGGAGCUGUGGAACAAAGUCGACCUCCUCUUCUGCGUGUGCUAUCUUCUGGCACUCUGCUUCAGAAUCUCUUCGCUGGUGUCACCUGGCGUUAACCUGAACGACCGCCGCGUUGCCAAGAUCCUGCUUGGUCUUGGUUGCGCCGCUGCGUACAUCUCAUGUCUCCGCUUCACGGCCUUCAUUCGCCCCCUCGGCCCAAAGCUCAUCAUCAUGGGCCGCAUGUUCUCUGAUGUGGUUGUGUUCAUCCUCCUUCUGGGCGCGUUUUGGCUGGCGUACGCGUUUGCCAUGAUCAGCGUCCUCUCCAGCGACGAGAACCAGCGGCAGUCAGACUCGUAUCACCUGUCGUACAUUAUGCUAGUCCCCGUGUUCCAGGUGUUUGGCGAGUCAUUCCUUGAGUGGUAUUCGGAGGAGUCGGCAUGUGUGGGUGACGGACCGUUCCACACAUGCGCGUCGUGGCGGUGGCUCGUGCCAAUCUACAUGACCCUUUUCAUCUUCGUCUCGAACAUCAUGCUCGUGAAUCUGCUGAUUGCCAUGUUUGGCAAGCGGUAUGAAGAAGUGGAGGCAGAUGCAAUGGCAUUCUGGCGCCGGCAAAACUAUGAUCUGUACUGGGAAUUUCGCAACAGAACGCACUUGCCAACACCGCUGUCGUGGCUGGAGCUGGCGUUUUGGACCUUGUUUCGUCGGCGGUUUCAACGAAACACGCACGUCAGUCACAGCGCCAGUCGCUCGAUUGUGCCCCCGAAGGAGCUCGAACGCUUUCAAGAACUGGAAACAGAAAUCCACCAUCAUCGCUCCAAGGAGAACGACGAGGAUGACGAGUUGGAUGAGCUCAGCAACGCGCUGUCGGCACAGCUGCGAACAUUUGAUUUGCUCGAGGCACAAUCCCUUCGCCUCGGCCGCAUCGAAGCAUCCCUGCACGAACGCGCAAGCCAGUACGUUGACGUGUGUGUUGGGAGCCCUUGCAUGCGCACGGUGACGCAUCCAGGCGAGGUCAUGUACUCUGAACGCAACGCGUGCUGUCGCGAGCAGGCGAGAAAGGAGGGUGGGUUUGACGUCAGCAAGAAUUUGGCCGAAGCCAGCUGGCACGACAGCAGGAUUGCAGAUGACUUGCUGGCGCUGGCCCGCCAGUACAACCUUGAGGUCCAGUUGCAACCCGACCCACACGUCCGAAAUCCGGGUGGUCGCACUGGCCGUGCGGGCUGCGGUCGCUUCCCAAAGAUGGGCCCGAAUCGAGAAGACCGGAUUGUGCUCACGCGAUGGAAGCGAUGCGAAACAACUGGGAAUAAAAUGCAGCGGCUUGGACAGCAUGUCAUGGAGGUCCUCCUCGUCAGGCAUGUUGACGACCAUGGCAGAGUCAAGUGGUGCCUUCCUCGCCAAGUUGUUGCUGAUGAGGCCGAGGAGACACAUGGAGAGGAGAAGCCGGUGCAGCGUGGAACAUCGCACUUGGACGCCAACGAUCCUCGUGAGCAGGUGUUCAAGCUGCUGUGGGAACUGCGUGGACAGCACCUCGGCCGCGCCAAAUCUCUCGACGUCAUCUUGAGCAAGUACCGGAUGACCACAGAUGACACGACGUGGAAGCUGCGAGGUGUUGACGUCGACUUGUAUCAUGACAACGCAAAUCCACUGGCAGACGCAUUCAUGCCCGCGAGGGUUCAUUCCACAUCAGCAACCGUUGAGGAGCGAAGCGGUGGGAGCGUGCUGCGGGUGAUUUCAGGGGUGGCUUCGGGUUCAUCGCCAGACUUGGCAUCCACGCAGUCGUCAACAAUCUCACAAGAGCAGAACUACCACCAGCACCAGCAGCACCAACACCAGUAUCACCAGGAAGAGCAAGAUCAACACCUUCCACGCCAUCAUCAGCACCGUCAUCACUCACAGCCACAGCAUCACUCACACUUGCAUGUGGAUGCAACAAUCGCGACAACAGGCGCAGACACGCACGACAGCGAUCAGCACAACACGUUUACGCAUCUUGAUGUCACAUCAGCAUCCUCAGUGCUGAAGCCCGGCUCUUCAGACAGCCUGGCGUCGUUGGCGUCGCGACAGAGCAUUGCAGACAACCAGAAAUUGCUCAUGCAACAAGGCCUCUGCAUGACAACAAUUGCUGAAGGGCAAGCAUCGCCCGUGAGUCCAACACCUGAAUCGCCUUCCCCGGAAGCCAGCCCCAUGUUCCACUCCGUUGUUCGCACCAUGACAACCAGCCAGGCACAGGCACGUCACAAGUUCAUCUACUUGGAUGAUCCACUCAACACGGACAACGCAUGGGUGGAGGGGCGCAUCUUUUACUUCCACGCCGAGCACUUUGUUGACACGGCCAUCGAUGAGCACCUGGACAACGCCAUUCGUGGGAAAGCGCGAGAUCCGCCAGAAUGUAGAUGGAUUGUGGCGCACGAUCUUGUGCAGUAUGAAUCUGCAGACACGAAAGAGUUGAUUCGCCUCGUUGUCAAGGGACAGUCGACACCCACGCUGUGGGAUCUUGAGGCCCACGAUACCACGCUUGCCUGA